AUGGGAAGACUCAACGGGUCCCAGCUUCGUAGCCUCUGGUCCGGGCCCAAGGUCAAGCUGAUGCAUGCGGCCUCUCCGAAUGACACUCCCCAGGUCCUUUUGAACGUUAUUCCUCGGAAUCUGAUAGCGUACUUCUCUCCUGUGCUCAAGGAUUGUUUCCCUACUGCAAAUAUAGCCCACGUCAACCGCCGUGGAUGUGAUAGAAGGACAAUAGCUACUAUAUACGGUAGCUUGAAGCCAGCCUUCAUCAUAAUCUUCAGUUGGAUGAUGAAAUCCUGUGAAGGUCAAGGCCUGGUUUGGAUCGAGCGCAUGAACUACACCAAGUACGCCAGGGUCUUUGAAGCAGCUAAGAUCCUUUCUGUCGACCUGGUUUGUGAAGACAUGCUUAACCGGAUGAACAAGAUGGCAAAUACCCAGAUCCAUGUAGAUGAUGUGAUGUUAAUCUACCACUUCUUCCCCAAGGAAUCAGAGCCACGCCAGAUCGUUAUCCGAAGCAUUGGUGAUGCGGUUUUUGAACGACGCUUGCGUGGAUGGGCCCAGUAUAAGGAGUUCAAGAUCCAGUGCCGUGACUAUGAUUACGAUAUCUACGAGUAUGUUGAGAGGAAACGCCGUGAUGCUGCUAAGGAGAAACGGAAACAACGCCAGUUCGAAAAUAAGAGUAAAAGACGACUGGCCGGUAAAAAUCAACUGCCUCAGGCCUGGGAGGCGGAGGAUACCAAGGACCAGCAAGCUAGUGACAAAGUGACGGCUAAAAAGGUGACUGGAGUUGUUUCUCGCAAGGGGAAAGGGGGCAAGCCAACCUAUGUUAGUGUCACUCUAGACAAAUUUGGGGUUGAUAACACAGACUACCGCCCUCAAAUUUAG